AGAAGAAGGAGAGGAUGGGUGAGUCUUAGGGUGACAGAGGGCUGACUCGAGAUAUACUUUAAAUGCUUAAAGGAAAGGGUUCCUGUGCUCACUGCACCAUAACAGUUCCAUCGGCCUGUGAGGAUGUUCUUCUUCACCGAUCAAGCUAUCGUCUGACGGUUUUGGACUUUAAUGAAGGCAGACAGAAGGUCUGAAUGAGCCUGAGAAGAAGAACUCCCCAACCUAACGUUAGGUCACUGAGAAAUAAAGGCCAGACGAGCGAAGGCAGCAAGGACCGACAAACGAGGCCCAGCUUCAACAGACGAAUCCAGGAAGUUCAAGAGAGGAGGAGGUGAAGAUCUGGGAGAGCAGGUCAGCAGAACAUAAGAGUCUGCAGGAGAGAGAAAAAGACCAAAGGAAGGAGAGAGGAAGAAUUACAAGAGGGCGCACGUUGAAAGAAGCCUCUUAAGUCUGGCAGCUGGAAUUAGAGCCACAGAAACUGCAGAGGGGAAACCACAAAACCACAGUAAGUAAAUUAGGCGGCUGUGGCUGGAAACAUGUAUAAUAAAGCUGUGGGCCGGGGAGGAAUCUGUGGUCAGGGGAGUGCUUUAAACACUGUACCUUAAUGAAUUGAUUUCCUGUCUUUAAAACUGUUAGGUUGCAUCAUUCUCCAUGACAUCACUCCUGUUCCACACCUUUCUGAGGGAACCUCAUUUAACCCUUGGUAAUCCUGCGCCGUUUUCUUUCCUGGAUUAAAUCUUGGAUCCCACAUAUUUCUCCUGACGCCUAGAUCAAGAUGCCAGCCAAUGGGAACCGCCCCCUGAAGCUGCAGUUUGGUCUCAUCAACCACGAGGGUCGCUACCUCACCGCUGAAAACUUUGGCUUCAAGGUGAAUGCGUCAGCUCCCAGCCUGAAGAAGAAGCAGAUAUGGACUCUGGAGCAGGACUCUCAGGACUCUCAGGUAGUCUACCUCCGCAGCCACCUGGGCCGCUACCUGGCUUCUGACAAGGACGGCAAGGUCACCUGCGAGGCGGAUGGCCACAAUUCAGACUGUGGCUUCCUGAUCGUGGCCCAGUCCGACGGCCGCUGGGCAUUGCAGUCCGAGCAGCACCUCCGUUUCUUCGGCGGCUCCCGGGACUUCCUGUCCUGCUUCGCCCAGUUCAUCACAGAUGCCGAGCUGUGGGCCGUGCACCUGGCCCUGCACCCGCAGGCAAACUUGCUGUCAGUGGCCCGCAAACGGUACGCCCACCUGUCUGCAGAGGACGGGGAGAUCGCCGUGGACAUGAACAUUCCCUGGGGAGUGGAUUCCCUCCUCACUCUGGUCUACCUGGAUGGGAAGUACUGCCUGAAGACCUGUGAUGGCCGCUUCCUUAGCAACGAUGGGAAACUAGUGACGCAGAGCGGGAGGACCACUGCGUACACGCUGGAACUGAAGUGUGGGAAGUUGGCCUUCAAAGACUGUGAGGGCAAGUACUUGUCCCCCAUGGGUCCCACUGGAACGCUGAGAUCCGGACGCUGCUCCAAGCCUGGCAAAGAUGAACUGUUUGACCUGGAGGAGAGCCACCCACAGGUGGUUCUGAUGGCGGCCAACAGAAGAUAUGUCUCCAUAAGGCAAGGAGUCAGCCUCUCAGCCAAUCAGGAGGACGAGACGGACAUGGAGACGUUUCAGAUGGAAAUCGACAAGGAAACCAGGAAGUGCACGUUCCGCACCAGCCAAGGAAACUACUGGGCACUGGUAGCCCACGGAGGCAUCCAGAGCACGGCCAUUGAAGUAUCAGCAAACACUUUGUUUGCAAUGGAGUGGCUCGGCCAGAAGGUGGCACUAAAGGCCAACAAUGGAAAAUACAUCUGCAUUAAGAAGAAUGGACAGUUAUUGGCUGUCAGUGAUUCUAUAGGAGAGGACGAACAGCUGAGCCUCAAGCUGAUCAACAGGCCCAUGCUGAUCCUGAGAGGAGAGAACGGCUUCAUCUGCCACCACAAAAACUCCAACACUCUGGAUGCCAGCAGAUCAGUCUAUGACAUUUUCACCCUGCAGUACAGUAACGGGGCCUAUCACAUCAAAGGUGUCACGGGUCAGUUCUGGUACGUGAACAGCGCUGGCCUGGUCUGCUCAGACGGUGAGGUUCCUGAAGAGUUCUCUCUGGAGCUGCAUGUCCAUAGCCGCCUUGCCAUACGUGGAAAGAACGGCAAAUACCUGCGUGGAGACCAAGGAGGAACGCUGAAGGGGGAUGGAAUGCAGAGUCUCCCACAGACAGUAUUGUGGUUCAGUGGAGCCAUUUGAAUCCGUUGCACAACAGCACUCGUCUGUCGAUUCACUCCAUUAAAAAUAAUUAAAAACCAAAUUAAGAAAC